AUGCGCCAGGAAGAGUACCAGGAAGAGUACAUUAUGCCGGUACCUGAUACAAUCGAAAUCCAUCACAAAGAUCGCAGGAAGAUGGACCAUUAUGUCGCCGAAUUCCCAGCUACAAACCACGGCUAUCGUAUGCGGAUAGGUAACUCACAAAAGAAAAGUAGUGCAGUUUCACACUACGAAUGCUACCGAUCAGGCCAUCCACCUAAAGUCAAAGGAACAACAAAAUCGGCUCGUAUUGGCUGCCCGUUCAAAAUGGACACUCGAUUCCUUUACCAUUCGUCGUCAUGGAUCCUAAUCCAUACUCAUAUUGGUCACAAUCACCCGCCCGACCCUAAUGUGAAACCUCGCAAGAGGCACAUUGAUCCCAAUGCUGGACCCAUCCUCGCUCCAGGUGUUGUCCUUGACGCCAACAUCAAAACAACUACUCAUCAAACAGCCAAUGUGACUUCAAACAAAAAACUUACAUCAGAAACCUUUACGUUCAAUAGUCUAUUGAAAAAACCUGCCUCCACACCUGAAGGAUCUAUUUGCAGGUUGAUCAACCACCCUGAGCCCCAUGUAGAGAUACAAACACUUAUAACCACCACCACCACGGAAUCUCUGAAACCAAAACAAAACUUCGAACUGCCUGACGCCAACGCAUGGCUGCCUGAAACCCUCCAUGUUACUACCGCUACGCCACUGUACUACGACCUCAAAGCUGACCUCAAGACGCUUGAGACCUUGGAUUCCACCAUCUCAAAGCUCAGAGGCAAACUCUGUGCUAUGGCUCCACAUCGUCGGCAGGCGGUCCUAAUGAAGAUCCAAUUGAUCAUCAGUAAUGAACGCAUGGUCAACGAUGAACAUAAAUUACCAAUGUCCUUCUUACCUGAACCCCCUGAGCCGAAUCUCCUUUACAACUCGGUCAAUGAAACUCCAAUGUCACCUUACAUAUCACCAGUACCCGCCCAUCGGGAAGAACUUUCAGUCGAGAGCCUCAUUGAAGACUUCUGUGGACCAUCCAAAGCUACAACACCAACGUUCAACUUCGAAGACCUCAUAAUAUCUCAGCCCUCACUUGAUGAUGCUAACAACCGGCUGGAACCCAAGUUACUAUUACCUACUUCACCUCCUACAACAACACUUGAGAACUGA